UGACAUACCAGUCCAUUUGACAUUAUCAAUUUAUCAAAAACAAAUAUUUACUUAUACUUUAUUUGUUAAAUAUUUCGAGAACAAAACUGCCUUGCGAUAGAUUUUCAACAUGUUGGAAGGGUGGUAUUGUCGCUCCAUCGCUGACGAAACUGCGGCCGCCGAGGAAGAAGAACGAGCCCUUGAGGAAUCAAAGUUUAAAAAAGAAUACAAGUACCUGAAGAGGAAAUUUCAGAACUUAAUAUACGAAAACGAAUCGUUUCAACAAGCUCUCAGACUAGCCCAAAAAAGACUCCUGUUGGUCACCCGAGACAGAUCUUUCCUGUUAGAUAGGCUGCUUAUGCACGAAAAAGUUGACAACAGCACAUCGGAAUCGGAGGAAACUGAAUCUUCAGAUGAAGGCGAUGUAGUUAAACCAGAACCAGUCAAAAAACGGAAAGAAGUUAGCUCUCAUUCGAAUGUACAUCACGUUAAUUCUGGAAAGGUGGUUACAGUUAAAAGGAAAAGACCUCCGGCUCCGAGGCCUCCGAAACAUCCGCCCCAAUCACAAGCAAUGCAGUUGCAAAUGCCGCCUAGUAGUAGUGUCUUGUCAGACGGCCACAUGACUCCCGAAGAGGUCGAAAGGCAUUUGCAAGCGCAAAGUUUCAUGGAGUUUUUACCGGAAAGAGCUCCACCGACUGUACCUACUGAAAUGUUCAGCAACGAGCCAUCUCUCGACAGUGAAUCGAAUGAUCUUGGGGAACUUGAAACGUCGCCUAGUAAUAUUGGCGAAGAACUGAGUAUCGAUAUGAUUGUAGAAUAGGAUCUUAAGUAAGGUGUAAAAGUGUAUUGUUU